AUGGCGACCUGCAAGUACACUCAAGUCCAAGCUGGCGACGGGUGUUGGGCCCUUGGGGAACGCUGCGGAAUCUCCCAGGCCGACCUUGUCAAGUACAACCCCAGUUCCGGAUUCUGUGACAAUCUGCUCAAAGACCAAUACGUCUGCUGCUCUUCUGGGUCUCUCCCCGACUUCUCCCCCAAACCAGACAAUAAUGGCAACUGCUUCGUCUACACUGUCGUGCCGGAUGACACCUGUGACAAGAUUGCAAAGGCCAACCACAUGGAGUGGCAAGAUAUUCCCACAUACAAUGAACUCACAUGGGGAUGGACGAACUGUACGGGGCUCCAGAAGGGCCAGAACAUUUGUUUGAGUGAGGGAAUGCCACCGUUCCCUGCGGCUGUCAGUGGGGCUGUUUGCGGUCCACAGAAACCCGGAACGGUGAAGCCAAAGAACGGUUCGACUUGGGACUGGGCUGAGCUAAACCCAUGCCCCUUGAAUGCCUGCUGUGAUAUAUGGGGCCAAUGUGGUAUAACGCCCGAGUUCUGCACAAAUAGCACAGAAAGUGGCGGGGCGCCUGGUACGGCCAAGAAGGACACAAAUGGCUGCAUCUCCAACUGCGGCACCGAAGUCAACUCCUCCAGCUCGUCUGUUGAGGCACGGCGGAUCGGCUACUUCGAGGCCUGGAACCUGAACCGACCCUGUGCCAACAUGGAUGUCUCCAAGAUGACCUUUGACGGCUACUAUACCCACGUGCACUGGGCCUUUGGCAACAUCACCUCCAGCUGGCAGGUGGAUGUGACGGGGCAGAAGGAGCAGUUCGACGGCCUGCUGAAGCUCAAAGACAUCAAGCGCAUCAUGUCCUUUGGAGGCUGGGGGUUCUCCACCGACGCCUACACGCACCAGAUUUUCCGCACUGGCGUCCGGGAUGGAAACCGCCAGAUCCUCGCCGCUAACAUCGUCAAGUUCAUCGUGGACAACGAUCUUGAAGGCGUCGACUUCGAUUGGGAGUACCCUGGCGCCCAGGACAUUCCUGGAAUCGGCCCUGACGCGCUCGACUCCGGGGACAAUUAUGCACAAUUCCUGAAGCUUGUCCGACAGCAGUUACCGAAGGAUAAGUCCAUCUCGAUGGCGCUGCCGGCUUCAUAUUGGUAUCUCAAGGGCUUUGACCCGGUAACACAGUUCGAGGAUUAUAUUGAUUAUUAUGUAUUCAUGACCUAUGACCUUCACGGUCAGUGGGACUAUGAAAACACUUUUGUCAAUCCCGGCUGUCCGAAUGGCAACUGUCUUCGGAGUCACGUCAACAAGACAGAGACCGAGUACACAUUAGCCAUGGUCACUAAAGCUGGGAUUCCCUCUACGAAGAUCGUGCCUGGUCUUGCCCUCUACGGUCGUAGCUUUCAAAUGUCAGACUCCUCGUGUAAAGGGCCUGAAUGUACUUUUACUGGCAAGGAGUCAGGUGCCACCAAAGGAUCAUGCACAGACACUGCCGGAUAUAUCUCCAAUGUGGAGAUCCAGGCCCUUAUAUCACAGGCCAACGGCGACAAUCCUGACGGACUCACCAUCUCCCAGUACAAGGACGAGGGCGAUAUCCUUAUUUACAACGACAAUCAGUGGGUCUCGUGGCUCACGCCCGAAAGCUACAACGAGCGCAAGGCGUGGUACGACGGCAUGAACUUUGGCGGCAGCGUCGACUGGGCUGUCGACCUGAACCGUACUUACGGCAAUAAUGGCACGGGAGACCUACAAGAGUCUGAUGACGAUUGGGAAGAGUAUACACCCUGCCCAACCAAGCUUUACAAUAAUCUGGACGACUUGCUCGGAGCCUCAGACCUGCCGGUACAUUGUGUCGCACAGAUGACGCUCGACACCCUCAUCAAGAUGCUCGAUGACGCGUAUAACCACUAUACGGAUGUGAACAACGGAUAUGAUGAGAUGUUCGGGUACUACGUGACCUACAUCGAAAAGAUAGUGCCGGCUGUGCUCGAUAAUGCAUUCAUGUGGAAUAUGAGCAUUACGAAUCAGAAUGCACUUGUUCCUGAAAUUGGCUACGGCAUGCAGUACUUUGACUGCCAGUUCCCUGAACAGAAGGACUGGGUGUCCUGUGCAACCUGGGAUGAUCACCUUGACUCGCUUUUACGCUACCUCGACGCAACAGAGCUGCGCCUGCGCGAUCACGACGGAUUUGCCAAGGCUCUUGCAACGGCGGGCCUACUCGAGGAUUGGGUCGACUUUGGCGACUACAAAAUCCACCGCACCAACAAUAACGACCGCCCGGCACAGUCAUGGACUCUGAGCUUCCACGGGUGGCCGAUCCGCAACGAAUCCAUGGUGGUAAACAACCCCAAGGACAUCGUCACCAAGGGCCUCCCCAACAUUCCAAGCCUACGCCAGGAGAUGGUCGCGAGCAUGCUGGAAAUCAUGGGCGGGAGCUGGGCCGGGGGGGACUCGCGAGAUGCCGCGCUCGCGUACGCGCCGGCCGUGUUCAUGCUGCAGCAGGCCGUGGACAGCAUGGCGCAGGCCAAGGAGCUCGGCGCGCAGGAGGAGAAGACCGAGGAGGAGGAGGAGCGCAAGCGCAAGGAGAACCUCAUCCUGCUCAUCAUCGGGGUCGCGCUCAUGUUCGUCCCCGUCGUCGGCACGGAGGUGGCCGCCGCCCUGGGGCUGACCAACAUCGCCCGCGUCAUCGCCGUGGCGGGCGAGCUGGGCAACGCCGCGUUUGCGACGUACGAGACGGUCAGGGACCCGGCGUCCGCCAUCGUCAACAUCCUCGGUAUGCUCUUUGGCGUGGGCCAGAUCGCCAAGGCGGAGCGCAGCGCCACGGGAAUCAGGGGCGUGGCGGCGUGGCGCAAGGGGAUGAAGUCGAGCGAGAUCUCGUCCAUGGGCAGGUUCUUCGCGGACGGGGACUCGAAGGUGCAGACUCUACUUGGUAAGGUUUGCAAGCUUUGA